AUGGCCUUGGGAGCAGGAGCAGCAGGAGGAGGCCCUAGCCGCGCGGCCGACGUUGUGGCGGGGCGCUUCGACGACGACAACCGGUGCUUCGCGCGCAUCGUGGGCCUCGCCUCCGUCGCCGACGGCCCGCUGCAGCGGCUCGCCGUGAUCAUGGCCGACGGCCUGGUGCGCCGCCUCCUCCGCCUCACCGCGGGCAUCAACAGACAACAGGGCUCUGAUCGACCCCUCCUCGUCCGGCGGCUCAACCCUGGCAGUGGCUCAAACUCAUGCGCGAACCCCUGGCAGCAGCCUCCACGGCUGUCCGGAGGGAGCCCGGAUCUCCGCAUCACCGUCGUCCACGACGACGGGACUUUCUUGGCCAACAUGUCGGCGUUGCUCCGCAAGAAAGCCGAGGCCCUAGACAUGGCGUUCUCGUUCCACGGUUUCUUAGGCCGGCUCGAGACCUUGGACUUCAGCAAUCUUCUCGACGCCCUCGGGAUAAGAUCGGGAUACGCGCGUGUCUUCAGCUGCGCGCUGCAGAUGCACCUCCUCCUCGCGGUCAUGACACGUCCAGCAGCUGGAGGCCUUGUGCCCGGGAGCGAGAAGCUUCGUCCAGUACGUCAUGGAGAUGAUCAAGAUGAACCUCCACCCCAGCCCAAAGACGCCGUUGCCCCCCUUCGCACAGGCGCCGCUGUCCCCGCAGUGGAUCAUCCCGCGCUACUGACGAGCUUCCUGUCCGCGGUGCGCGCGCUGUCGCCGAAGGUAGUGGCCGUCAUGGAGCAGGAAGCCAGCCACAAUGGGCUGGACAUCAUGGCGCGGUUCGAGGAGGCGCUCCACUACUACGCCGCGCUGUUCGAAGUCGAAUAA